AUGAGCGAGGCGGCGGGACUCCGGCAGCGCCGGCCCCCGCGGCCGCCCGUCGUCACGGACGAAAGCCAGACCCCGGAGGCCCCGGACGGCAGCUCCUUUAGCGGCCGAGUUUUCCGAGUGACCUUUCUGAUGCUGGCUGUUUCCUUCACUGUUCCCCUGCUGGGAGCCAUGAUGCUGCUGGAUUCCCCCAUAGACCCAGAGCCUCUCAGCUUCAAAGAACCCCCUCUCUUGCAUGGUGUUCUGCAACCAAAUACGAAGUUACGACAGGCGGAAAGACUAUUUGAAAAUCAACUUAUUGGGCCAGAGUCCAUAACAAAUAUUGGGGAUGUGAUGUUUACUGGUACCGCAGAUGGCCGGAUCAUAAAAAUUGAAAACGGUGAAAUAGAAACCAUCGCCCGGUUUGGGUCAGGUCCAUGCAAAACCCGAGACGACGAGCCUGCUUGUGGAAGACCCCUGGGCAUCCGGGUGGGGCCCAACGGGACCCUUUUUGUGGCUGAUGCAUACAAGGGACUAUUUGAAGUAAAUCCCUGGACACGUGAAGUGAAAUUGCUGCUGUCCUCUAACAUACCUAUCGAGGGGCGGAAAAUGUCCUUUGUGAACGACCUUACAAUAACUCGGGAUGGGAAGAAGAUUUAUUUUACGGAUUCCAGCAGCAAAUGGCAAAGACGAGAUUUUCUGCUUCUGAUUAUGGAGGGAACGGAUGAUGGGCGCCUGCUAGAGUACGAUACUGAGACCAAAGAAGUAAAGGUGUUACUGGACCAUCUUCGGUUCCCUAACGGAGUGCAGCUUUCUCCCGAAGAAGACUUCGUCCUGGUGGCAGAGACGACCAUGGCCAGGAUAAGGAGAGUCUACGUGUCUGGCCUGACGAAGGGAGGGGUCGACCUGUUCGUGGAGAACCUGCCUGGAUUCCCAGACAACAUCCGGCCCAGCAGCUCCGGGGGCUACUGGGUCGGCAUGUCGACCAUUCGCGCCAACCCCGGGUUCUCAAUGUUGGAUUUCUUAUCCGAGAGGCCUUAUAUUAAAAGAAUGAUUUUUAAGCUGUUCAGUCAGGAGACGGUGAUGAAGUUUGUGCCGCGGUAUAGCCUCGCCCUGGAACUCAGCAGCAGUGGCGCCUUCAAGAGGAGCCUUCACGAUCCUGAUGGGCAGGUGGCCACCUACAUCAGCGAAGUGCAUGAGCAUGAUGGGCACCUCUACCUGGGCUCCUUCCGGUCUCCCUUCAUCUGCAGACUCAACCUUCAGUCUCUUUAG